AUGGCUCGAUCACCUGGAAAAUUUGAAAAAGUUGUUUCAAAUGAUUUGACAGCCAAUGAACUCAAAUUAACAGGGAAAACUGGUCAACAAAAGGUUCUUCCAUUGGAUUUUAUUACCCCAGUCACUAGCAAAGCCGCUGGGGAGCAUCAAGAACAACACGUUUUACUUUCUUUGGACAAUACUUUCUCUGCCAAUGAAAAGAGAAAAAAGUUAUUUGUUAAUUCAAAAAAUGUCAAUACUUUUUUACAAAAUGUAGACAAGUGUAUUGAUAAAGAUGGGAGCAAAUACCCUUUAAAGGUAAGCAAGGAAGGAGUGAAGUGUGCUGAUCCACAAAUAUUGGACUUGGGGUUCAUAAAUCAGGAGGAAGAAUACAAACUGCUUGAAGUAAUCAAACAAGCCGGAGCUCUAAUAUUGACGAUGGUGUUUGCAGAUGGCUCAUCACAACUGACUCCUAAGAAGGAUUCAAUUAUGUUUGUUAAAGGAAUUAUUGUAUUGGUGAAACAGCAAGAAGACAAUACAUUCUGUAAUCCGGUUAAUAAUGAACACAGUGUCAGUGGUAAACCUGAUAAGUAUUUUUACAUGGCUGUAGGAGGUCAUGCUUUUUGGGAAAAGGAUGACGCUCAAAAUACAUUUUCAAGAAACUUGCUCCUGUCUAUAUUACAAAGCCGCACACCUGCCAUUUGCUUUAAUGCCAAAGAUUUUCUCAGAACUGUUCUCUCUGACAGAAAUGUGAGCUGGAAAACCGUUUUAAAGAGUGUUGUAUUUGAUCCAAGCAUAGCAGCAUGGCUCCUAAAUCCUGAAGACUGCAGCCCAUCAUUUUAUGAUUUAGUGAAGAGGUACUGUGGGAACACAGAGUUGGAUUCUGCCAAGAAGACUUCACAUUCAUCUUACCAAGACAUUUGCAGAAGUUUGGAUGCUUUGUAUGCCCUCAUGGUGAAAAUACAAUCAAACCUUCAGUUAGAGGGAUUGUGGGACCUUUUUUGCACUAUAGAACUACCGUUGAUUUCAAUUCUGGCUGGUACCAUCAGUGUGGGCUGGUAA